UACACGUCCGCCUGACGGAUGUAGCCGAGCGUGGCCGAUAACGCGCGAACGCUAUCGCAUCGCGUCAGUUUGUUGCAUCAGCCGAUAGAUUGUGGAUUAUGGGUGUGUUUAUGCGUUCGGUUAUGUCGAGAAGGAUCAGUUGACAUCGAAUGGUGGUGCGGUAUACUAGGUAGAGAGGCGACGAUUGGAACCACGAUAUAUUAGGUCAUAUAAUAAAUUCAAAAGAAGUCAUCAUCGAGAGAUUAGCGGAAAAAAGAGAGAGAGAGAUUUGUGUCGUCGUAUGGCGGAUUAUGAGCUCCUCGAAGAGCGUCAUAAUCACCUUUCCUAAGGGACUACCCAAUCCCAAGGCGCUCCAGGUGAACGAGCUGACACGCAGCGCGUUACCCAGGUUGAAUUUCACCGCGUCGAUUCUGACAGACAAGGCGAGCAUGGACGCCAGGAAGAUUCUUCAGGUUUCUCCCAAGCAGGAAGAGAUACGUUCGGACGAUGACUUCGCGACAUUCAUCAAAACUGCAGAUAGCUGCACGCGUAGCAAGAAGCGUCGUCUGGAUCAUCUAACGUGGGAGGAGAAGCUGCAAAGGAAGAAACUGAAGAACCGAGUGGCGGCUCAGACUUCGCGGGACCGCAAGAAAGCCAGGUUGGAUGAACUUGAAGACACGGUAAAAACGCUGAGCGAAAGGAACGAACAGCUCGCGCAAGAAUGCACAAUGCUGAGAUCGCAAAAUGAAUCGCUAUUGGGCGAGACGAAGAGGCUCAGGAGAGAAAGGGACAUGAGAAACGAAACCGGAGAUCAGCAACAACAGUACUGCUCCGCGUGCCAGACUCGUGUCGGCUGCGCUGCACCUUUGCCAGGAUCUGCAGUAUCCUAUGACUACCCUCUGCCGCAGGGUGGGUCAGCACAGCCGGCAUCGUGCCUGACACUAACACCAGGAGCAACCGUCCUGUUGAAGAUCCUGACCCUUUACCUUCUCUCGAGGAGCUGUUUAGCGACUUCCAGAGCGAAGGAUAUGUCGAGCGACUCGAAGAACUGGCCGCAAGCCUUAUGCGAGAAGUUACCACCGGAAUGGAAGCAAAUCCUCCUAGAACAGAUGAGCAAUCAUUUAGAUAUGAUGCAGAGAUGGAUGAAAUACUCCGAGAUAGAAUGAAAUUCUAAUAUGUGCGUCACAGAAGAUCCUCUUAAAAAAUCUGACCGUUCAGAAACAAUGGUGGGGCAGGCAUCAGAAGAUGUGGAAGCCGAUCGAGUCCGUGAAAGCAUAAGUAACAUCUCGUACCUACCGGAUACGUCCGAUUGGCAUACCGUUGAUCGCGACACAGAAAGCACAGCACCGAUCAAGACCGAGAUCGAGAUCAAACAGGAAUCCGAACCAACACCGGACCUCGACACUGUCUAUGGCACUUAUGACGAAGCCACCAACUCCAUCACGAUCAUCUAUCCGGGCGAGGAAAGUAACGGUUGCGUAGGCAUUCAGGAAUGCGUGCAGGAAGUGAUCAGCACCGAGAAUAUCGGUGGCUGCGACACCGGCGUCGUCACGCAUCUCACCGUUCCUCCCUUGACCACUCACCUCGGCUACCCAGUGCAAUUCUCGCCGGCCUACACCGAUACUAUGUCACCCGCGAUGAGCGACGUUCACUCGGACGCGGAUAGUUGUGGCGUCUCCUCGACAAAGCUAGACUACGCCAAUCUGUCAGAUGGCGGUUACGAAUCACACGAUUCCCCGGAUCCACGACUAUCCAACAAUGCCUUGGCCGAUCCCUGGCACGAGAGUUUCACCGAGUUGUUUCCCAUGCUGGCCUGACAGUUCUCGCGGAGGCGGGCUGCCGCGCGCCGCAUCGAGUCGAGCGCUAGACCGAUGCCGGAUCGUUGCGUCUGUGAUACGGGGAACUUCAGAAGUAGGACAUCGCGAGGUUAAUAUACUUGCACUUAUUAGACUAUACAAGAGAAAGGAGAGAAAUUUCAUUCUCGGAAAGCAUCAUAAUACGCUGAACAAAUCCAUUUGAAUAAAAAUUUACGAGUUUUGAUUUGACUCUUGUAUAUAUUUUUUUCUCUUAAUGUCGAGCAGUUUAGUUUUGUAAUAAGCGCUUUAAAUAAAAUGGAUAAUGUUGUGAGGAAGAAGCUAUUAUCAAUUUUGUAAAUAUUUUGUAAACGUAAAUUCUUUGAAAAGUAUGCGAGAUAAGGAAAUGAUGCAUAUUGCGUUUGUCAGCGUUAAUUAUAAUUAAUCAAAUUUUUUGCAUUAUUACAAUCAUAACUUUAGCAAGGGAGACUAAUAGCAAAUCACUAAUAACUAUUUUUAAAAAGUUAUUUAAGAAGAUUUUCUAGCGCGUCUCAUGCUAAAGUAAUAGCUCUCUCCUUUUCAUAAUUUUGGGAAAUAACCUCUUACGCAGCGCAAAUGAUGGCACAAAACACACUAUUGAUGUCUAAAUAUUGAUUACUAUAAUGUAUCAGGUUUGUUAUAACGCAAAAUUUUAAUUCUUACGAUAUAACGUGUUAAUCGUAAGAGUCCGUAUUAUAUAUAUAUAUAUGUAUGUAUACAUAUAUUUUUUUGUAUAUAUCUAUGAAUAGAUAGUUUUUUAAUUUAUUCGAUGUUGCAGUGUGGAUACCUAAAUAGCACUUUACGUAUUCCAGCAGAAAAUUUUUUUAUACAUAGACAGAUGUUUAUUUGAGGAAUUUAUUAUCAAUGUGUAUAUAUAAGUAUAUUAAAUAUAUAUGUUUAAUUCUCGAUCUUUCGCUGUGUCGCAGGAUACCAAAUAAACUUUGAAGAAUCAACU